CAGCCACUCAGUCCCGGGCUAAAGCUGAAGGAGCGCUGUGGACCCCACAGUUGAGGAUCUCUGGAGCCGCGGAGCCAGCUCAGCACUGUGCGCUCAAGUUGACAACAGCCGCAGCCCCUCCACAGCCUGCCCGCAUGGAGAUACCACCAACCCCGACACUAUGCAUCUAUAAAAGCUCCAACAACACAGUAUUUUGUCUAGCCUGAGGGGGGAAAGUCUGUAAGAUCACUUUCCUUGCUCCGCCGAGGUGGACCGAGCGUCCAAGGAUUUUUUUCUCUUCUUUUUCUGCCAGCCCGUUUCUCUUUUUUCCCCUUCCGCCUCUCGCAGUCUUGCAUAUUUUUUUUUUUACUUUUUUCCCCCCGCUGCUGUUUCCCCGAGUCUACCUGCUCCGCUGCUCGCCCAGCACCCAUGAAUUCAGAUAAAAAUGUGUACCUCGGCAGAGACAAAGGCAUCAUGCGGAAGAGAGCCUUGCUCCUUCGGAAAGGUUGCAGCUUCGAGAUUACCAGCUCUGCCUCGGAGGACUUGGGCUGCAGGCGUGGAGACUUCAGCCGGAAACACUAUGGUUCGGUGGAGCUGCUAAUUUCCAGUGACGCAGAUGGGGCCAUUCAGAGGGCAGGACGCUUCAGGGUGGAGAAUGGCUCUUCAGAUGAGGCUUUUGACUACACACCAGGAACCUGGAGGAGAACUGAUGUCCAUCUGGAGAAUCCAGAGUACCACACCAGAUGGUUCUUUAAAUACUUCCUGGGAAAAGUCCACCAGAACUACGUGGGUACAGAUGCAGAGAAGAACCCAUUCUACUUGUCAGUCGUCCUCUCAGACCAGAACAACCAGCGGGUUCCUCAGUACAGAGCCAUCCUCUGGAGAAAGACCGGCACUCUGAAGAUCAGCCUCCCCUACAGCCCGACUAAAACACUAUCAGUCAAGUCCAUCCUAAGUGCAAUGAACAUGGAUAGGUUUGAGAGAGGCCCCAGGGAGAUCCUCAACCCAGAGAUUCAGAAGGAUCUGCUGGUGUUGGAGGAACAGGAGGGUUCUGUCAACUUUAAAUUUGGUGUCCUGUUUGCCAAAGACGGACAGCUCACAGAUGACGAGAUGUUUAGCAAUGAGACGGGAAGUGAGAGCUUCGAUAAGUUUCUCAAUCUUCUGGGUGAUUCCAUUACACUGCAGGGAUGGGCAGGUUACCGUGGAGGGCUAGACACCAAGAAUGACACUACAGGGAUUAAGUCCAUCUACACAGUGUAUCAGGGCCAUGAGCUCAUGUUCCAUGUCUCCACCAUGUUACCCUACUCUAAAGAGAAUAAGCAGCAGGUGGAGAGAAAGAGACACAUUGGAAAUGACAUUGUUACCAUAGUAUUCCAGGAAGGGGAUGACGCAUCGUCGUCCUUCAAACCAUCUAUGAUCCGAUCGCACUUCACCCAUAUUUUUGCAUUAGUUAGGUAUAAUAGCCAGAAUGACAGUUACAGGUUGAAGAUAUUCUCAGAGGAGAGUGUUCCACUGUUUGGACCCCCUCUCCCAUCUCCGCCUGUUUUUACUGAUCACCACGAAUUCAGGGACUUUUUAUUAGUCAAAUUAAUCAAUGGAGAGAAAGCCACACUGGAGACGCCAACGUUUGCCCAAAAGCGUCAGCGGACCCUCGACAUGUUGAUCCGCUCGCUGUACCAGGACCUCAUGCCUGACCUGCACAAGGUUCCUUUUUCUCCUCAGAACAUGUUGAAUCGGCGGUCGUUCAGCGACGUGCUGCCUGAGUCUCCAAAGUCGGCACGCAAGAAGGAGGAGGCACGGCAGGCUGAAUUUGUCAGAAUAGGGCAGGCUCUGAAGCUGAAGACCAUUGUGAGAGGAGAUGCCCCAACUAGCCUUGUUACCACCGGCCUGUGCAGGAAGGAACCAUGGGAGUCCCAGUCGUUCUGCAGCACAUUCCCCUACGAGAUCGUGUGUGCCGACUCGUGGGGUCAGUCUCUGCUGGCUGCCACCGACACAGCGGGGGUCAUGCUGCUGGAUGGCCCCGAUCCAGCUCUGCCCAAUGCUGAGACUCAGGCUCUGCCCCCAGUGCAGGUGUUUGACAAAACCAUGGUGGUGAAGCAGGUGCACGUUCUCGAGCCUCAGGACCUGCUUAUCACCAGAGCUGACAAAGGGAAGGACUCUCGCCUCUAUGUGUACAGACUCAGCACAUUGAAGAGAGGCUUGGAGGAGAAGCAGCUGGUCAGAAGCAAGUGUGACAGCCGGGAAAAUAAACUGGAGAAAACUAAAGGCUGUCAUUUAUACUCCAUUAACACCCACCACGGCUCAGAGCUGAGGAUAGUAGCAGCCAUAAGGAACAAACUCCUCCUCAUCACCAGGAAACAUCCACGUUUUGAAGGUUUCAGCGCCGUCGCCCCAAGCGCAGACUCACCGGUGGAGGAGUUUCAGUACAUACGGGAGAUCUGUCUGUGUGACCCGCCGGUGGUGAUGGCGCUGGUGGACGGACCGACGGGGGAAAAUGACAACAUGAUCUGUGUGGCCUAUAAACAUCAGUUUGACCUGAUCAAUGAGAGCACUGGAGAUGCCUACCGGCUACAUCAUGUCGAUGCCAACAGGGUAAAUUUUGUAGCAGCUAUUGAUGUUUAUGAAGAUGGGGAGGCGGGUCUGCUGCUGUGUUACAACUAUAUUUGCUCCUAUAAGAAAGUUUGUCCGUUUAACGGCUCCACACCAAUGAUCCAGUCCAACGCCUCGGAUUUCCACUUCAGCUGGAACCAGAUGCCCAAUGCUAUUGUGUGUGCAUUUCCUUACAUCCUGGCCUUCACAACGGACUCCAUUGAGAUCCGACUAGUGGUCAAUGGCAACCUUGUGUACACGGCAGUGGUUCCCGAGCUACAGCUAGCUGCUUCACGGUCGGACAUCUAUUUUGUUUCGUCUGCUCCGGUGAGCUCAGCCUCCAACUGCAGUUCGAGAGACACCAGUUCCCAGAGUUCCCCACAGACACCCACUGGUUACGAGAUGCCCGUGUUCCCCUCCCCACUCGGUGAUGAUUCUAUACGGAUCCCCUAUGGUACCAAGCUUUCCCUGUACAUGUCUAAGGAUGCCGAAGGUGAACCAGCAUGUAAGCACAUGUUCAAGAUCCCUCUGUGUAACUUGGUGGGUCGCAGCAUUGAAAGACCCCUCAAGUCCCCUCUGGUCAACAAGGUGCUAACGACGCCAGCCCCCGCCACGGUAUCCCCGACUCCCCUCAUCUCUGCCACACACUCGCUUUCCCUGUCCCGCAUGGAGAUCAAAGAGAUAGCCAGCCGCACACGGAAGGAGCUGCUCGGCUUGACAGAGGAACCAAGUGGAAAGUCAGACAGUGGAACACUCAAACAGAGGAAGAUGAGCAAGAAGAACACAGAGGAGGACCCCAAAGCACGAGCACUGACGUCAACAAACAGUGACAGGUUAGCCUCAGAGUGUGUUGAAACAGACCUGGACGUCCAGCUGCAUUGUUCGUCCAGUUCGGAGGCCGAGCCAGAGAAAGUUGUGCUGCGAGCGGAAAGCCCGCCGCUCGCCAGCGCCUUCGCCCUCUCCACAUCCUUCGAAGAAGAUGUCCUGGACCUAAAGUGAAGACAAUCCCACCGUGCACUUCUCUGCCCACCCGCUCCCUUACUGUCACCAUUAUUUUAUGGUUUCGGUUGGUUUGCUUUUAAUUUGUUGUUUGUCCAAUUCAUUUUUCUUUAGGUUCUUUGAAUUCCGAUAUCUUGGGUUUCCCCAUUCAUAGGACAAGAUGGGUGCAGUGGGAGUUAAAAAAUGUGUCUGUGUGCGUUUGUUUUUGUGAGCAGUCCCUCAGCCACUGCGUGUUGGCUGUUUGUGUUGCCCCACAGCCAAUAACCCAAAGAGGCAGUGAAGCCUUGUAAAAUGCUGUGGUUUAUUCAAAGUUCGGCAACAGCCGUGAGAUAAUGUUAACGGUUUGAUCCCAAACCACAAACUGAAUGUAAAUCUGCGCACCUAGGCACGACAAAUAUCUCCAUGUUAACAAAGUCCUCUGAAGUUGCUAGAGCUUAAUAUUUGUUGUAGUAUGUGAUUAUUUCCAAUCCACUUUGUUGUAUGAUAUGUAUGUGUACAUCUGUUUAUACAUGAAAAUGCAAUCACAGUGACAGGCGUGCAUGCCUGUCAUGCCUGUGAUGCAUACUUAUAGAUAUAUUAUAAAAGCUCAUUUUAUUCCCAUAUUUAGUAAAAGUAUGAAGUUUUAUGCACUCUGCACAUAAUAGUCCUUAUUCCUCUCCUUAUUCACACUAUACAGGUAGACAGGGCUGGAGGCAUAAGUCUCACACAAGUGCCAUUUUCCAGCAUCCUCCAUUAAACUAAACGAUUAACAGCCACCGUAUUCUGGUGUCUGAAAGUAGCAGUCAUGAUUGUAGUCCACUUUAGAUUACUAUGGUGACCCCACAACUCCAUUCAGUUUGGAUAAAUUCACAUGAUUGAGGCACUCUCUUAAAGCCACAUGCACUUAUUUUACCACAUAGUAAUGAGGUGUCCUAAAAUCUGCAUGACCAGCCUUUUUUGCAUCAGAAACAAUGAGGUCUGCGAUAUCGCACCGAACAUAGCAGCAUAAAGCAAAUCCAAACCUGAGACGACAGAAGACAUGUGGAUGUUUUACUAGACUGUUGCGUGUGAUCGCCUGAGGUAGGAUAGAACAGCAAAGGAAUUAUAGAAAAAACUCCAAAAUUUAGACAAAAACUAAAGUUACAAUACAGUAUAUUAUCGUAAACUGAAAUGAUAAAAGCAGAAUUUUUUUAAUUUUUAACUACUAAUUACACUAAAAUAAAAUGAAGUGUGAACUAUUUAAAAUGUGUCUUUUUCUGUAUGUGGAGUGAGGAAAAAGGUAAUGAAUUUUGAAGUGGUCCCAAUUAUUGAAACAAUAAACUAGAAAUAAAAAACAAUAUUGCUUAUAUUACACAGCUACCCAUUUCAAAUACACACAGAAAACAUACUCUGAAUUUAGAUAGUCGUACCUUUAGGAAAUUACUGUCUUUACCCAACUAAAAUUAACACAGAUAGUAAACAAAAAAUUUAGCUUUGCAAAAUAACUGU